GGUUCCGUAUCGACGGAAAAACAAUUGUGUUUUUUACAUUCACACGGCAUGCGGCAUACCACGCGCCAUCACAACAGAUAUAUAUAUAUAUCCCUAAUUAAUACCUAGAAACAAUUCGUUUAUAAAUCUAAUUCUACAAUGUGUUUUCAGAGUUUUUUUUGACUUGAGUACAUUGAAAGCAAUUUUAAAUGUCGGAAAUUAUAAAAUGCGCAUUAAAUGACUACACCUUCUGUUUCAUUCUAUUAAAUUAAAAUCCGAGAAUUUGAAAAUUUGGAACAGAAAUAUUUAACGAAAAUAGCUGGCUUGAAGCGUACUAUAAGGUUAUUUGAGUAGUUUUUUAAAACCUACAGUUUAUUUAUUCUUUGAAUGUUUAACACUUAUGUAGUUAGGUGGUUUUAUUGUGUUUAAUUUAUUAUGGCUUUGAAAUUCGUAAACGUUCAAUGUAACAUUUGUACUCAUCAUAUGAAUUCCAAUACGUUACAAAGUAGUCGAUUUCGGUAAGAAAUAAUAAUAAUAAAAAAUAAGUAUAAGUUUGAACUUUAUUUGUACUAAAAAUGUUCUGUUGAAUCACGCAACCAAGGGACAGCGACACCGAAAUACGAACGGUAAUGGACUACCUUGGUGUUAUCGAUCCAACAGUCCCACGAAAAAUUGAACAGUUUAAGAAUAGAACGUCAUGUUAGUCAGUCUUUUAUACAAACUCAGUUACACUUUGUUUAACUUAUAACUAUCAGAAGCAUAUAAAUUUUUUAAUAUAAUGGAGUCAUUAUUGAUCAAAAACUGGUACUUCGAAUAACAUUAUCGAAUAUUUGGAGUAUUGAUUUUGGUAGAAAGAAGUUCACUGCCUACUUGAUGUUAAACAGUUACCGGACAUCAUAUUAUUGGUACUCUUCGACGCAAAAGCUGCCACCCAACUUGACAUAAUAAAUAGAUAGAUAUAGCAAAAAUAAUAGUGAUGCGAUGUUCAUAUUUCAGCGUGAAGGGAAGCAGCGACUUAACUCGGAUGUCGGUGAGGAUGCGCAGAUGACAUUGAGAUUAAUCAAAAAGAUGCGGUUAAUUUAACGAUGCGCAGUUCUUUGUUAUCUUCAUCUCACUUUAGAUGUGGCUACGUAGUUGAAAAAAGCGGCUUAUAGCUUAAUUUAUUGUUUAGCUAUAUAGCUAACUUUAAACACGUACAAAUAAAUAUACAAACGAAAAUAUACAAAAAAUCAUAUGAAUAAAAUUAAACUAAGAUUGUAGUUUCGUGGGCGCUGUCGUUCGUUAAAAUUACUUCGUUUUAAAAAAAUACGAAUUUAUAUUUGAAUAAUCUUACGUAGUUCUGAAACUUCCUUUAUUUCAAACAUUUAGAACACUUCAAUCUGCUAUUUCUACUAAGAAGUAUUCAAUCUAUUAAAACAAUAUUAAAUAGCACUAUAUUUGUAAAAAUAGAUCAAAGUUGGGCUAUUAUUUAUAACAUUUUCAUGAAGUUUAAUCAAGAGAUUUUCUCUUUUUACUUUCUUCGAGAUUCAAAUUAUAUUGAGAAGGAAAAUUGAGAAAGAAUGAAGAGAAAUAUCUCACUGUUACGCGGCAAUAAUAACUAACAAGCAGGGUGGUGGUAUAUUUGCACUGUCACAAUAUUCCCUAUCACCAGCCAUAUUCACAUAAAAAAUAUAGUCACGACAACCACUGAAUGUUUACCGAUUUUAUCCACCACAGACAAAACGUAAAGAAAGUUUUUUUUUAUUUUUAAUGAAAAAUGAAUCUCCUUUCACCAUUACAUGUUUGUAUGGUUGCUAUGACACCCCAUAAAUGAUAAUCAAUUUUGAGACUAUCUAGUUGAUUUUGUUGGUUACAUACUGCUAUCUUUUAUGCGCUAAUUUAAAGUUUACCUAGAUAAUCAUGGCCCUGAAUUCGCCGCCGAAUCUUUCGGCUCGUAUAUUUUAUGGUCUCCGCACAGAUAUUCAAUAUAAUGCGCACUAUUUAUCGGAAUCUGAAAUCAUCUACCCUGCUGGGGGAGUAAUCGUUAUUCACGACCAUCUACAAAAGAAACAAAAAUUUAUUCGAUUACAAGACAAACAUAAACCAAUUAAAUCUCUGGUACUGGCACCUAACAGGCGUUGGCUUGCGCUAAAUGAAAUUGCCGAAGAGGGUCAAAAACCUAUUAUUACCAUCUAUGACCUAACUACGUACAAGAGACGUAAGAUCCUAACGGUUCCAUUCGAGAAUUCGACCGCAAGAGAAUUCGCUUGCAUCCAGUUCACGUUUGAUUCUAAAUACCUCGUGGCAAUAACGGGAGAACCAGAUUGGUGCUUGUAUUAUUACAAUUGGGACAAAGGAAAAGUUGAAAGUCAUGCUAAAGCUCAAAAUCCAAGUGGGCAAGGGACCGUUGAAAGCGUGCAAUGUAAUCCAUCAGACGCUACUUUGGUGGUGAUCACGGGACCGUACACAUUUCGUAUCAUGAAUGUUUCUGAAACUGUCUGGCGCCAGUGGGGUUGGUGUAAAGCCGAGAAUAUCGCCAUAACAAGUUGUAUGUGGCUCACACCAGAUCGAAUCUUGUUCGGCACUGAGAAUGGCGUCAUCAUGAUGGUCGAAAAUGGUGAACUACGCCAAAAUUGCAUAUUUCGAGCAGCUGAAGUAACAGAAUUUUCGUUGAAGAAAGUAGAGGCCGAGGCAGAGGAAGGCGACAAGACAAGCACUACGAGUAAACAAGAUAGCACGAGUGAUUCAACAGUCUCUUUAGAUGAAAGCCAGCCAGUUACUUGUUUUGUAAACUUUGCGAAAGGCUUUGCAUAUGCUUGUGGCCCCGGCUACGUACACAUGUUUGAGAAGGAAACUCCUCAUCACUGGAGGAAAAGAAACUUAUUUAGAAUUUCGAGAAAGUCUUAUAAACAUACCCGAGAACACCCUGUAUGGUCAAAUUUGGAUGCAAUACAACACAUCACUAUCGAUCCCAACCAAGAAACUCUGCUCAUUACAACGUUGCGAAAACAGCUGUAUCAUGUUAAAUUAUUUGGACAACAUAUGCUUCAAAAUCCGGAAAUACCUUUCACAGAAUUAGGUCCGUCGAUGCAUUACGGCCCUAUAAAUUCACUGUCGAUGUGUGCUUGGAAGCCCAUAUUUAUGACAUCUGGGGAGCAAGAUAAAAGCAUCAGGAUAUGGAAUUAUAUGACUGACGACGUGGAAAUGAUCAAAUUGUACCAGGAAGAAAUCCAUUGCGUGUCUCUGCACCCGGCUGGUCUAUUCGCAAUCGUAGGAUUUUCAGACAAGCUUCGUUUCAUGGUUGUGCUGAUUGAUGAUUUUGAAGUGAUGCGGGAAUUCCCCAUACGUAAUUGCAAACAAGCAAAAUUUAGCACGAACGGUCACCUUUUUGCAGCAGUAAAUGGCCAAGUGAUCCAAGUUUUUUCCUCAGUUUCAUUUCAAAAUGUUUAUAAUUUAAAAGGACACAAUGGGAGAAUAACGUGUUUGGCUUGGUCAGCUAACGACUUGACUUUAGUAUCUUGCGGCACGGAAGGCGCCGUUUACGAAUGGAGUAUGUCGUCUGGGCAAAGAGUCGGAGAAGUUAUACUAAAAACGAAUCAGUUUAAAGCAUGUGCAGUGAAUAGUAUCGGAAAAACUACGUACGGUCUCGGAACUGAUGGAGAAAUAAAGGAAAUCGGAUCAAACACUAUCAGACGGAAUUUGGGUUUGAUUGGAUGUGCUCUUGAUACGAUCGUGUUAUCGCGUUCCGAUAUGAUGCUUUUUGUAACCGGUGGUGAUGGAGGUGUAACGUCAGUGCAGUUGCCGCUCCUCGACAAGGCUGUUUUUAAUGAGUUUCACAUGCAUAAUAAAAAAGUAACUUGCAUAGCUCUAGCUUACGACGAUCAAACAUUAGUUUCUGUAGCUGAAGACGCUUCCAUUUGCUUAUGGAGACUCACGAACGCUGAUGGAAGAGCUAUUGCCCUUGAGAAAGAUUUCGCAUACUCCAAGGAGAUUCUUAUUAGUAAAAAAGAUCUUCAAGAAAAAAUUAAUAAUAUCAACUUGUUGAGUACAAGGAUGAGCGAAUUGGAAACGGAGCACACAUAUCAGCUUCGUCAAGCUGAAGCAACACAAGCCGAAAAACUGAAAGAAGUCCACGAAGGUUAUUGCGCUGCAAUAGAGGAAUUAAAAGAAAAGAACGAGCUAAUGGAAAGUGAACAUACGCACGAAAUAGGUAUGAUUCAACAAGAUAUUGCAAAAUUGCGGUCUGGUCACGAGCGAACAUUGCAGGCGCUCGAAGCGGAUUUCAAUGUCAGACUUAUUAACGAGUACGACAGAUACCAGAGUCUGGAAGACAAAACCGCCCGAAUGCGAAAAGAUUACGAAGAACGGCUCGAGGAAUUAGCUGAAAGUAAGCUUCAAGCUCUUCGAGAAAUUAAUAAUAUGUUUGAAGCUAAACUCGAAGAAAAGGAUUUACUCUUACAAGAGUUACAAGAACAAACAGACUUAGAAAGACGUGAACAUGAAACAAUAAAGGCGUCUAUUGAAGAGGAUGCUGAUCGAGAAAUUAUUGAAAUAAGAACGGCUUAUGAAGUUCAAUUGAAAGAGGAAAAGGACGCUAACGUUAGGUUAAAAGGUGAAACUGGACUUAUGAAAAAGAAAUUAAUUAGUGCUAAUAAAGAAAUAGACGAGUUUAAGCAUCAGGUUUCACAACUCAAAGCUGAACACAAACAGUUUCAAAAGGUAAUAUCAACAUUGGAACGAGAUGUGGCAGACUUGAAAAAAGAGAUUUCAGAAAGAGAUGGAACAAUACAAGAUAAAGAGAAACGAAUAUAUGAAUUGAAAAGGAAAAAGCAGGAAUUAGAGAAGUACAAGUUUGUGCUUAAUUUUAAAAUAACCGAACUUAAAAAUCAAAUUGAGCCAAAAGAACGUAUAAUAAGUGAGCUUAAAGUUCAGAUCGAUGACAUGGAAAACGAAGAAUUAAAGCUGUUGAACGUUAAACAUGAACUUGAGCUAAAAAUCAGCCAGUUAAACGAAAAAUUAGCAUCGGCCAAAAAGGAUUACUUAAAUGAAGCCGACAGGAAUGCAAUGCUGAAGAACACAUUAAAAAAAAUAAAGAUUGAUUUGCAUAAUAUGACGGCAAAUUUUCAAGAUCCAAUGAAAUUAAAAAGUAAUGUGAAGACACUGUUUCACAAAUACGUUGAAGACAUCGAUUUCGUACGCAGCCGUGUGGCAGAGGAUGAAGCUAUACGUGAAUUCAACAGGCAGAGAGAUCACCUUGAAAAACAGGUCACAGCUCUCAAACAACAAUUAGCAAAGUCACUUGGUGGAUCCAAGAGCGAUAUCGGAAAAAUUAUGGACGAAAACUGCACUCUACUGGCUGAGAUCAAUAGUCUAAGAACAGAGUUAAAAUCGACUCGUUCUAGAUGUUUUCAAAUGGAGUCAAUGCUUGGCUUGUCAGCGCGGUACAUACCGCCAGCCACGGCUCGAGCUAAACUUAAGCAUGUCACCGAAGAUCGCGAUAAACUUGAUGAAGGCUUUAAGCAGAAAAUUGAGGAAAGAGAAGAGAUAAUCAUUGCUUUGAAAGAAGAGAAUGAACGUCUAUUAGGUAAAAUACGAUGUGUAGAAAAUUCGGGGACAGCUACAGAAGAUCCAGACGGGGCUAAAAAUGAAAUAUGGGUACAAAGGUCGCCCCUUCAAACCGAAACACAUUACUGCUUCACGACAGAAAUAGGCAGGGUGUUGCUACCUACCAAGCCGGACUCACGAGACCGUUUUACCACCAGUAAUUACGCAAAUUAUACUUUUUGCGGGUUUGAUUUUUAUUACAUGAUGCUAUUCAUUCACCGUGGAAGUCAAUCGUGAAUCGUUUAUUUGCUAAGUACGUAUUUCAUUAGAAAAAAAAAUGGUAACUGCCUGCGGGUUUCAUGCACCGGCACAGUUGCAUCGCUUGAUACGAAUGCACGGGGUGUCUUAUCCUUUAGGCCACGACGACUUUACAUAUUCUGAUGGUGCUGAGCAAUAUUUUGACGUUUGUUAAGUCCGCAGGUAAAUGGCAAAAAACCACAACUAUUCUAAAUUUCGUGAUGACUGUCAGUGCCUCCCCCUCAGCCGCUACGUACCUACCUAAAUAAUGGCACGAAUUCUUAAGCCGGUUUAGAAGGUAUAUUUUGUGUGCGCAGUUAAAUUUUUUCUUUCGAAACUAUUAGAGAAAAAUUGAUAUCAGAUCAGUUCAGUGUUGCACUGAAGGCUUUUUCCUUCAUUUUUCCUUGAAGGCUUUCUGUACAAAGUUACCGUUUUUACAAAGGGACACUUGUUUACCGUCCGCCUUGGUUGGUUAGCUAUUGGUAAGCAGCCAAGAUGCAACGAACUUCAAAUACUUAUCAAUAUGUAUCUCACAGCCUGAAGGUAGGUUAGGUUAGGUUUGGUAGGGUAUUGUUAGUCUGCAAGCAAUCUUCGAACCUUCGAAGUCGUGUUUCGGUUUGAAAACCGAGACUUCCCACCACAUGUUUCAAAGUCAGUGGCGGCUUCCACGUUGUAGUAUAUAGUGGUAACUAUGGGCCCCUGUAACCUACUUAGUAUAAAAUGGGCCGAGUUCUUUUACCCAUAUCUAUAUAUAUGAAAAUGAAUUGCUGUUCGUUACUCUCGCUAAAACUCGAGAACGGCUGGACCGAUUUGGCUAAUUUUGGUCUUGAAUUAUUUGUGGAAGUCCAGAGAAGGUUUAAAAGGUAGAUAAAUAUGAAAAUGCUCGGAAUUGAAUAAAAAUACAAUUUUGUUUUUCCUUUGAUGUGUCCGCCGUCGGACGGAUUCCUUUUGUUUGUUUUAAGUUUAUUUUAUAGAAAAGUUUAGGUAUUUUAUGUAUCGUUUGAGGCACUACGAAGUCUGCCGGGUCAGCUAGUAUGCAAUAAAAGUCAGAAGGUGCCUGCAAUAAAACUUGGUUUUAAGCUUGCCAUUACAAGCAAACAAACAAUUUGGAAAGGAAAAUUUAGUCAAAGUGUAAGACUACUUUGGAAUAUGUAUUUGGAAUUUGACAUUAGUUCUAGAAAUUCUUUGUAAUAUAUAAUAUUAUAAACUAGUCAGAUGAACGACCCAGCGAUAUAAGCUGUAACCCGCAUCCAUAGAUGCUACAUCGUGAAUGCGUGAGUACUCGAGACACUCAAGUCAAUGUUUAAAUUGUACUAGAAAAAUCACCAUUGGCGCUACACUUUGUAUGCUGACAGUCACUCAGAGAGAUUAAAGCAAUUAAAUAAAUAAAAACUUUUAUAGCUACCUGAACUCAAUAAACCUCAAGUUUCAUAUACAUUUUUUUUUUUUGAUCCGACAUAAAUCGACAAAUAAAACGAUAUUUGUUAAGACGGUGUCGUGCCCGUAUUUAUGCAAGUGGCAAAAAAUUGCGUCAAUUAAAAAAAAGGUGUCUUAGUAUCGUCCAUACCUACUUUAUUUUUACACCCCGAUGAGUGCAAGUGAAUUGAAAGUAAAAACCUUUCAGAAUUUAAGGAAAAAUAUUAUUUUGAUUGAUUUUUGUGUAAAAUCUAGAGCUCUUGGGAUGUUUAAGGUUGUGGUGAAUAGUGCUUCUUAACUUGCCGAAACAAAAAAACAAUUAUUAGAAUAAUUGUGGUCAAGAUACUUGUAAAUGUUUUAAAAGGUGUCAAUUUUCGAAGGAUUUCAAAUGUUUAAAAAAAAAAAUUUUUUUUUCUCGUCUUUUGAUGAGCCGGCCUGACUGAGGCAAGACUCUUUAGUAUACGCUUAAUUUUGGGAUACCUUGCAUAUUCUAUGUUGAUGACAAACUGUAUCGGGAAAUGUAUAACGAAAAUUAUAGAAAUAAACGAUAAAUACAGAAACUGUUACUUUAUUAUUUUUUAUUGAAUAAUAACAAAAACAAUAAAUGCGUGCAUUAAUAAUCAAAUGCUUCAUUCAAUUCAAGUACAAAAAACGUAAGCUAUUCAAAACUAUUCAAUAUUUCAUCUAACUUAUCUAUUUGAUGCCAGUCCUAUUAUAAUAAUCCUAUUUAUUAUUACCACACCAUACCGUAGCGUACCAAAAUAAACAAAAACCACUGCCCUCUAAUAUGUCAUCCGAUACCCACCAAGGCACCAACCAAUACCUAUUCGAUAUAUCGAAAUUAUCAAUGUCAAUAUUUGUAAAUUUUUUGUUUGACCAUUACUUACAAAAGAAUAAGAAUAAAUAUACUACUUGUUGCUACGCGAAGCAUAAUCAAACUUAGUAAUUUAAUUUAUAGAAUGAAUGGGAGAAUAGCUUUACGGCCUUUGGGGUAGUCUGGGAAUUCCUUCUUGUAGUUGCGAUGUUUACCGAUGGCCCAAACGGCCAUCUGAUAGAAGCCUGCCGCAGCGAACAGACCCGCUGUAAUGAAACAAAAACGUUUUUUUUUUUCUUUCAAAUCAUUUACAUUCCAGUUAAUUAUUGCGUCAAUCGGUAUUAACGUAUUACGAACUAACUUGUGUCCUCGUGUGCGUAAAGAUUUUAAAUGCACAUAAAUUAUCACAUUAAUUGUCGAGUUCAGCGUUCAUGGCGCUUGUUGGUAACGUAAGAAGAAGAAAAAAGGAUUGUGUAGAAUAAUCAGUUUUUUUUUUUUAAUCAUUUUUUUUUGCCUACCUAUGCUAGUAGCCUCGAGGGGUUAUGCUAGCUUCACCGGAUGUACUAUCAUAAUGCUAUAUAUUUAACCUAGUUGUUUAGAUUUUGUCAGCUUACCUGGGGCACAUUUAGUCAUGAUAGUGAAAAAUAGCCAAGAUCCGAACUCAUAUGUAUAGUUGGGACAAGACACGAAGUUUAAAAGAAGAGAAAAGGGGUUUCCGUCCGGUUUAGGAAUGCGGCGUAUCUUCGUGCCGGGCGGACGAAGGUUCUUCAAAAGUAUGUGAAUGCUCAGGUUUCCUAAUUCGCAAAG